AUGAAGUUCUCGCAUAGUAUUCAGUUUAAUGCUGUGCCCGAUUGGAGCUCGAACUACAUCGCGUACAGCAAUUUGAAGAAAUUGAUCUACACCCUCGAGAAACAGGUCAAUCGCGUUGAGGGACCGUCUACCACAGAUGUAGAGUCCGCUCCGCUGCUGGGCGCUGAGCCGAGCAACCCGGAUGCAAUCUUUAAAAGGGCUCUUGACGUUGAGAUGGAUAAGAUCUGUUCCUUCUAUCAGAAGAAGGAGGCGGAGAUUUUUGAACUCGCAGAUGAGCUCAUAAAAGACGCUGGUGUAUAUCUUUCCGAAACGGACGGUGUUAAUAUGGACCCCGUCAGCGAGACAAUCAUAAAGGCAAGCUCCCGCCGCGGCAACAAUGUCUCGGCUCCGCGCCGGCGGUCUAGUGCUGUGAGCAAUGACUCGAUGGCGGACGAUGAAGGAGAAGGUGGUGAUAGCGACGACGAUCGUUCCCCGGCGGCCGUCUCACAUCGCCCGAGAGUGUCGCAGUCGAUCGAUGGCGAGUCUGGCACGGAGGACCACUACGGUGAUUUGGUAGACUCUUCCUACUUUGGACCGGCGACCAGCCGAGAACCGCACGAGUCGUACUUGAACGACGAGGAUUUCCGCGCUCUUUAUAAUACCGGUAUAUCGUUAAAAAAGCGCCUGAUCGAAUGCUACGUCUCACUCUGCGAACUUCGCUCCUUCAUCGAGCUGAACAAGACUGGCUUCGCCAAGGCCCUGAAGAAGUAUGACAAAACCUUGGACCGCAGCCUGCGCCGAGACUACCUAGCCACUGUUGUCCAUCCCGCACCACCUUUCACUGAAAGUACCAUGGCUGAAAUCGAUCGCCAUAUUGAGAACGUGGAGGGUGUGUACGCGGGCAUCGUCACGAAGAACGAUAAACAGUCUGCUAGGCGCGAGCUGCGUCUGCAUCUGCGUGAGCAUGUCGUUUGGGAGCGGAACACUGUCUGGCGCGAGAUGAUCGAAAUCGAACGACGUGCGCAGGCCGCCAAUGUUGGUAUUCGCCGGACCCUCCUGGGCGGCGAUGACCCGGCUAGCUCCCGGCGCCAGGGCGACAAGAACGAGAUCCGCACCCAGGAGAUGUCAACCCCGCUUGGUCGAUUCCAGUUUCCGUUAUGGCUCUGUAGCUUGAGCUUUGGUACGCUGAUAUUUAGUAUCGCCAUAUUCGGCGUAAUGCUUUCCUUGAACGUGAUGGAAACUCCCGAGGAGCAGAACUGCUUGGCUAUGCUAGUCCUCGUUAGUAUCUUGUGGGCCACUGAGGCCAUUCCGCUGUUUGUCACUUCGCUUCUUAUCCCAUUCCUAGUCGUGACUCUAGGCAUCAUGCGGUCAGACGAAGAGCCGCACACGCGGCUGGGACCCAAGGAAUCAGUCGGCAAGGUGUUCGCGGCGAUGUGGACUCCUGUGAUUAUGCUACUCCUGGGUGGUUUCUCAAUCGCAGCGGCGCUGUCCAAGUACGACAUCGCACGGCGCAUGGCCAUGUUUGUGCUAAGCAAAGCUGGAUCGAAGCCAUCUGUGAUGUUAUUGACCAACAUGUUUGUGAGUAUGUUCUUGAGUAUGUGGAUCAGCAAUGUUGCGUCCCCUGUGCUCUGCUACUCUAUCAUCCAGCCUUUGCUGCGCAACAUGCCUCCCGAGUCGGACUUCGCCAAGGCACUCGUGCUGGGUAUCGCGUUAGCCGCCAAUGUCGGUGGUGCAGCGUCCCCGAUUGCCUCGCCGCAGAAUAUCAUUGCCCUGCAGAACAUGCAGCCGAACAUCAGCUGGGGCACAUGGUUCUUCAUCGCAUUGCCCGUCUGCAUCAUCUCCAUUCUACUCAUCUGGGUUCUGCUGCUGGUGACAUUCCGCCCGGGCCGCAACUCAACCGUGAUGCCCAUCCGCCCUGUCAAAGACCGCUGGACCGGCAUGCAGUCCUUUAUCAGCAUCGUCACGCUCCUGACGAUCGUCCUCUGGUGCGCCAGCCACCAGCUCGAGCACAUUUUCGGCGACAUGGGCGUCAUCGCCAUCAUCCCUCUCGUCAUCUUCUUCGGCACCGGCAUCCUCAACAAAGAGGACUUCAACAACUUCCUCUGGACGAUCAUAAUCCUCGCCGCCGGUGGUCUGUGUCUGGGCAAGGCCGUCACUUCAUCGGGCUUGCUGCACACCAUCGCCAUGGGUAUCACCGCGCGUGUCGAGAACCUCAGCCUAUACAGCGUCCUCUUAGUCUUCUGUUCUCUCAUCCUUGUCAUGGCCACCUUCAUCUCGCAUACCGUCGCCGCCCUUAUCAUCCUACCGCUUGUCCGCCAGAUCGGCGUUAGCAUGGAAAAUCCUCACCCCAACUUGUUGGUCAUGGCUAGUGCCUUGAUGUGCUCUGUUGCGAUGGCAUUGCCCACGAGUGGAUUCCCUAAUAUGACUGCUAUCAUGACUGAAGUACCUCAGACCGGCCAGCGAUAUCUCCAAGUCCACCAUUUCCUGACCCGCGGCAUCCCGGCCAGUCUCAUGUGCUUUGUGGUUAUUGUCACAAUUGGAUACGGACUGAUGUAUGUUGCGGGUUUGUAG